CCUUUGGUUAUAACGUCUGAAUUUGUAUUAUACCGACGUCAACUAAGAAGAAUCUUGAUCACAACAGAAUUCUCUCUAAUUAUAUAUUUGCUUCCACGAGCCAUGAGCGUGUCUCGACUGGAAAUCCACACUCCCCCGCCAGAAUUAAUAAUGGCUGCCGGUGCUGAGAUCAAGCUUUCUGUUAAUAGUAACAAUAAUAAUAAUAAUAAUAAUACAGAGGACGAAGAAGAGAAAAGGGUUAACCUGAUACAACGGGCUCAGUGGCUGAGAGCAGCCAUUCUUGGAGCAAACGACGGUCUGCUUUCCACAACUUCCUUAAUGCUCGGUGUCGGUGGCGCUAAAGAGGAUGAGCGGCUUAUGAUAAUCUCCGGACUAGCCGGUGCAAUUGCAGGUGCCUUCAGCAUGGCUGUCGGAGAAUUUGUAUCCGUUUCUACUCAGAGAGACAUUGAACAUGCCACCACCACCACCACCACCACAGAUAUUCAUAAAUGCAUUAAUGAUAACGACAAAAGUAUCAAGCCUCGGGAAAUAUCCAUGCCCGUUGAUCAUGAGCCGUCAACAGAUACACAAACAAAUAAUCCACUGCUACCAAAUCCGUAUAAAGCUGCUGGGGCUUCUGGGUUGGCCUUUUUGUGCGGAUCACUAGUUCCCUUACUUUCGGGAAUGUUGAUUCCUGGAUACAAGACCAGAGCUGUCGGUAUAGUGUUGGUGACGUCUGUCGCACUUGUAAUAUUUGGUGGUGCCGGAGCACGUCUUGGCGGACGUUCAUCGGUUCGGAUAUCUGCUCUUAGGGUUCUUUUUGGAGGGUGGAUUUCAAUGGCUUUUACCUAUGGUUUCCUUAAGGCUUUGGAUACCGAUCGUAAGGGUCAUGAUUCUGAUUAGAUUGCUAUUUACGUAUCCUAAAAACAUAUACUAGGGGCUGUUUUAUCUAUACGUUGUAUCAUACACACCACACAUCAAAGUGCAGUUCCAUGAAAGUUUCAUUACUUUUUCGUAUUCUUUUAAUAAAAGUUACAAGUCUUGCAUUUAAUUAAAAUUUGGAUA